AUGUCCGAGAUCAGACAACGCUACCUCAAGUCACGCUCUCUGUCCAUCAUCGGCUGUCCAUUCAGCGGUGGGCAGGGGCGUCGAGGCGUAGACACCGGGCCCAACAGUCUAAUCGAUGCAGGUCUCAUCUCCCAGCUUCAAGAAUUGUCCUGGGACGUCUCUUUUGAAGGGCACCAGCAGUUUGAGGACAUCAACAGCAUUCUCGAGAGCGGAGAGGACAAGGACAUCGGGACUAUGAAGAACCCUAGGAGCGUUAGCGAGGUCAACAAGCGCGUCAGUGAAGUGGUCGGCAAGCAUGCCAAGGAGGGCAGACUGCCUCUCACCCUUGGCGGAGACCACAGUCUUGCUCUUGGAACAGUGACCGGCUCGCUCUCGGCUCACCCAAAUGCAGCCCUGAUCUGGAUAGAUGCGCACGCAGAUAUCAACACACCCGACACAACGCCUUCUGGCAACCUUCACGGCUGCCCAGUCUCCUUCCUGCUCGGAUUAAAGGGCACAGACGUGGAGCCCUUCAGUAGCUGGGUGCCCAAGAAGCCGGUGCUCAAAGCCGACAGUCUGGUAUACAUCGGACUCAGAGAUAUCGACAGCGGCGAGAGAAAGAUCCUGAAGGAGAACGGGAUCAAGUGUUUCAGCAUGCACGAGGUAGACAGGUACGGUAUUGGAAAGGUCGUUGAACUGGCGCUGGACCACGUCAACGGCGGAUCGUCACGCGAGAGGCCGAUCCACUUGAGUUUCGACGUGGACGCUUUGGAUCCAUCUGUUGCCCCCAGUACCGGUACCCCUGUCCGAGGAGGCUUGACAUUCCGUGAAGGACAUUACAUUUGCGAAGCGCUCUACGAGACAGGCUCGCUUGUAGCGAUGGACUUGAUGGAAGUUAACCCAACGCUCAUGGCGGAUCACGCAAAACAGACGAUCGCAAUCGGCUGCAGCCUUAUCCGAAGCGCUCUUGGAGAGACACUAUUGUAG